AUGAAAUCGUCUUGCUUUUUCAGAUCUCUCUAUUUUGCGAGCUACUUCUACAGAUCACUUGCACAAGAAGUGGCUACUCAAAGUGAUGAGAAUUGUGUUGUUAAUUUUCAUACGGUUGUCAAGUAUGAAUACGUGUAUGCUAGCAGGAUGGAAACUCAUCUAGAUUCUACUUCGAGUAAAAAUUCUGAUGAUCAUCAUAGUACGGGUAUUUCUCAGCUUUCAAGCUUCCCAACUGACAUAGCAUCGACUAAAACCCCUGUGAUCGAGAUUUCAAGAAGUGGAUUUGGCACAUCAUCGUCUAGCCCUGGAAAUUUGAAAUCAAGCUCAACUGUUCCAACGCUGCCAGAGUCAAGCAAUGAUACUUUCGAUACUAGUAAUGGACCCACCAUCGUUGUGAUAACAUCAUCCUCUUCGAAGGAGCCUACAACACUAUCAAUUUCAGAAGAAUCAUUGCCAAGCACUGACCUCUCCCCAGAACCCAGUGCAAGCCUUGCUAUAACGAGUUAUUAUGUCUCUUCAUCUACAGCAAGCGCCACGUCAUCGCCAAGCUUAAGUGACGACCUAAUAUCAUCAUCAUCAUCGUCGUUGUCAUCAUCAUCAUCUUCCUCGUCGUCAUCGUCAGCGCUCGUGUCCUCAUCGACAUCAUCGUCGAGUUCAUCUGUAUCUUCUUCAUCGCUAUCAUCAUUCGCCCAGACGUAUUUAGAUAGGCACAACUAUUUCAGAGCCUUGCAUGAAGAUACUCCUAACCUCGCAUGGAAUGACGAUGUGGCUGAAGUCGCACAAAGUUACGCUGACGCUUACACAUGUAACGGCGAGUUGGUGCAUUCAGGCAACUCUUUGGAUGGCCAAAGUCUCGGCGAAAAUUUAGCUUAUGGCUACAACUUUGCUACUGCUGGGGCCGUUGACGCAUGGUAUGACGAGAUUAGUCAGUACAACUACUCGAAUCCAGGCUAUUCCGAAGCUACAGGACAUUUCACGCAAUUGGUCUGGAAAUCGUCGACGGAUAUCGGCUGCGCUUACAAGUACUGCGGUUCAUACUUGGGCUACUACAUUGUAUGCAACUAUCUGCCAAUAGGUAAUCUUGUGUUGAUCAGUGACCCAAGUUAUUUCUUUGAACAAAAUGUGAUGCCUCUGAAAUCAUGA